GGAGGUGCGGGGCGGGCUCGGAGCGCACUCUCAGGGCUGCUCCCGCCACCGUGGUGGCUGCCACGCGCCCCUCUGCUGCCAUUCCUUUCCUUGUACCUCCCGGCCCCGGCACCGCGCCAGACCCCUUCCACGGCUGUCAGCAGGUUCUCCUCUCUCCCUUCUGAGCGCUUUCCUUUCCAACCAUCCUCCGGGACAAACUUUGAUGGAGAAUUUCACACCAAGCUGGAAAAAUGCCGGUCAUGAAAGGAUUACUGGCGCCUCAGAACACCUUUUUGGACACCAUUGCCACCCGUUUUGAUGGAACACACAGCAACUUCAUCCUUGCCAAUGCUCAGGUGGCUAAAGGUUUUCCCAUUGUGUACUGCUCUGAUGGCUUCUGCGAGCUGGCUGGAUUUGCCCGGACUGAAGUCAUGCAAAAGAGUUGCAGCUGCAAGUUCUUAUUUGGCAUUGAAACUAAUGAACAACUGAUGCUUCAAAUAGAAAAGUCACUGGAGGAAAAAACAGAAUUCAAGGGAGAAAUUAUGUUCUACAAGAAGAAUGGGUCUCCAUUUUGGUGUCUUUUGGAUAUUGUUCCUAUAAAGAAUGAGAAAGGAGAUGUGGUUCUUUUUCUGGCCUCAUUCAAGGAUAUAACAGAUACGAAAGUGAAGCUUACUCCUGAAGAGAAAAAAGAAGACAAAGCCAAAGGAAGAUCGAGAGCAGGGACCCAUUUUGAUUCAGCUCGGAGACGGAGUCGAGCAGUGCUUUAUCACAUCUCUGGACAUCUGCAAAGAAGAGAAAAGAACAAAUUGAAAAUAAAUAAUAACGUUUUCGUAGACAAAACCGCAUUUCCGGAGUACAAAGUUUCUGAUGCAAAGAAGUCCAAAUUCAUACUUUUGCAUUUUAGCACUUUUAAAGCUGGCUGGGACUGGCUGAUUUUGUUGGCAACGUUUUAUGUUGCCGUGACUGUACCUUACAACGUGUGCUUUAUUGGUAACGAUGAGCUGUCCACGACCCGAAGCACCACGGUCAGUGACAUCGCGGUGGAGAUUCUUUUCAUUAUAGAUAUUAUUUUAAAUUUCCGAACAACCUAUGUCAGCAAGUCUGGCCAAGUGAUCUUUGAAGCAAGAUCAAUUUGCAUCCACUAUGUGACAACUUGGUUCAUCAUUGAUUUAAUCGCUGCCCUGCCUUUUGACCUCCUGUAUGCGUUCAACGUCACAGUGGUGUCUCUUGUGCAUCUCCUAAAGACUGUACGGUUGCUGCGUCUUCUGCGUCUCCUGCAGAAACUGGACCGUUAUUCCCAACACAGCACGGUCGUCCUGACUCUGCUCAUGUCUGUGUUUGCUCUGCUUGCACACUGGAUGGCGUGUAUCUGGUAUGUCAUUGGGAAAAUGGAGCGGGAAGACAACAGCCUUCUCAAGUGGGAAGUUGGUUGGCUCCACGAGUUGGGAAAGAGACUGGAAUCUCCUUACUACGGGAACAACACUUUGGGGGGCCCGUCUAUCCGGAGCGCCUACAUCGCUGCUCUGUACUUCACCCUCAGCAGCCUCACCAGCGUCGGCUUUGGCAACGUCUCUGCCAACACAGAUGCCGAGAAGAUCUUCUCCAUCUGCACCAUGCUGAUCGGCGCCCUGAUGCACGCCUUGGUGUUUGGAAAUGUGACAGCCAUAAUACAGAGGAUGUACUCCAGGUGGUCUCUCUACCACACCAGAACGAAGGAUCUCAAGGACUUCAUCCGUGUCCACCACCUGCCACAGCAGCUCAAACAGAGGAUGCUCGAGUAUUUCCAGACCACCUGGUCUGUCAACAAUGGGAUAGAUUCAAACGAGCUUCUCAAAGACUUUCCUGAUGAACUGCGCUCUGACAUCACCAUGCACCUGAACAAGGAGAUCUUGCAGCUGUCCCUUUUCGAGUGUGCCAGCCGGGGUUGCCUUAGGUCUCUGUCUCUGCACAUCAAAACCUCCUUCUGCGCCCCAGGGGAGUAUCUGCUGCGCCAAGGGGAUGCAUUGCAGGCCAUCUACUUCGUAUGCUCUGGCUCCAUGGAAGUUCUGAAAGACAGCAUGGUGCUGGCAAUUCUUGGGAAGGGGGACUUAAUUGGAGCCAAUUUAUCAAUUAAGGACCAAGUGAUCAAGACCAACGCAGAUGUAAAAGCGUUAACCUACUGUGAUCUUCAGUGCAUCAUCCUCAAAGGGCUCUUUGAAGUGCUCGACCUUUAUCCAGAAUACGCUCACAAAUUCGUGGAAGACAUCCAGCACGACCUCACGUAUAACCUCCGGGAAGGUCAUGAGAGUGAUGUGAUAACAAGAUUAUCAAACAAAUCUACAGUCCAACAGUCAGAGCCCAAGGGAAAUGGCAGCAUCAAGAAGAGACUGCCAUCCAUCGUAGAAGAUGAAGAAGAGGAAGAGGACGGGGAGGAAGAAGAAACAGCAUCCCUCUCUCCCAUCUACACAAAGGGAUCUUCCUCCUCUCGCAGCAAGAAAGUCGGAAGCAGCAAAGGUUACCUGGGACUAAGCUUAAAGCAGCUGGCCUCAGGAACAGUGCCAUUUCAUUCACCUAUCAGAGUCUCCAGUUCAAAUUCUCCCAAAACCAAGCAAGAGGCUGACACUCCUAACCAUGGGAAAAGGAAAGAGAAAAACUUAAAAUUACAGCUUUCAACUUUGAAUAGUGUUGGGCCCCCAGACCUCAGUCCAAGGAUUGUUGAUGGGAUUGAAGAUGGAAACAGCAGUGAAGAAAGUCAGACUUUUGACUUCGGCUCUGAACGAAUCAAAUCAGAACCAAGGCUGUCUCCUCCAACUGGGGACCCAGAGAUUGGAGCUGCUGUUCUCUUCAUCAAAGCAGAGGAGACCAAGCAGCAAAUAAACAAACUCAACAGGGAGGUAACAACAUUGACUCAGGAAGUCUCCCAGUUAGGCAAAGAUAUGAAGAAUGUGAUGCAACUUCUGGAAAAUGUUCUGUCACCCCAGCCACCAUCCCAGCGUUGCUCUCUACACGCCACCACUGUGUGCCCCUCCAGGGAGAGCUUGCAGACCAGGAUGAGCUGGAGCGCACACCAGCCUUGUCUGCACUUGCAAGCAGCUGGAGCUGCUUAUCCCCAAGCACAACUUUGCGGUGGCAAUGUCACCUCAGACAUUUGGAGUGUGGAACCCUCUUUGGGAAGCAGCCCCCAACAAACUGGAGCUCAUGGACCAAACCCUGCAGACAGUGAACUCUGUCAUUCUCCAAACCUUGAGUAUUCACCUUCCCACUACCAGGUUGUGCAAGAAGGUCAUUUGCAAUUUUUAAGGUGCCUCUCUCCACAUUCAGACACAACACUGACGCCCCUGCAGUCCAUUUCGGCCACUCUCUCAUCCUCUGUCUGCUCUUCUUCACAAACGUCCUUGCAGCUGGUCCUCCCAAGCACAUCAGAGGAAGGCAGUUUUGGUCAGGGAGUUGUUGGCUCCCUCAGUCUGGAAAACUUACCAAGAUCCUGGGACCGAGAAGGAAUGGCAUCCAUCUCUACCAAACCCUUGGAGAACUUUCCCGUGGAAGUCGUUACAAGCACAGCAGAAGCGAAAAAUAAAGCCAUGAACGUAUGA